AUGUCUUCUACUGCGAAUCGGCGCCUUCAAGCUGUAAGCCAGCAACUGGCUGAGGGUAUCCCGGACCCCGGCACCUUUGAGAACAUCCCUCGAAUCCGUGAAAUUGCUCCAGACUCCGUGGGCCCGAGGGUCCAGGGGAAGGUUGUAAUUGUCACUGGAGCAAAUUCCCCCCUCGGCAUCGGUCGAGCCAGCGCCCAUCAAUUCGCCCGCAAUGGCGCAAAGGCAGUCUUCCUCUGCGACUUCUCUGAUUCAUACCUUGCCGUCCACAAAAGGGAACUCGAAUCGCUCUACCCGUUCGUGGACAUCCAUACUCGGCAAUUUGAUGCCGGAGAUGAGGAGAAAGUGAAAGCUGUGGUCGACGAAGCCAUCGAAAAAUACGGCCGGUUGGACAUUAUGUUCGCGAAUGCAGGAAUAUCUGGACCACACAAUCAAUUUACGGAAAUUACGGGAGACGAAUUCAUGCAGGUCAUGGACACGAAUGCCAAAGGGUAA